AUGCUCCUCAUGAAAGAUGUUUAUGCAGUUUCAGAUAGGUGUAUUAAAUAUGCUUCCAGAAAAGCAUUUUUUGGUACUAAGAUGACUGAGGGAUCCUCUGUGCAAGAGCAUGGGAUCAAUAUGCUUUUUCUCGUGGAAAAGCUUGAGGAUCUUCAAGUUGGGCUUGAUAAUGACACGUACAUUGACGUGAUCCUGCAGUCACUUCCUCCCUCUUACGGGUCGUUUGUCGUAAACUACAACAUGAAUAGGCUUGAGAAGACCAUGCACGAGCUGAUAAACAUGUUGGUCCAAUACGAGACAACGACCAAAAAGUGUGUGCCGUCGGUCUUGGUCGAGGAGGCUUCGAGCUCCAAAGCUAAAGGCUAG